UGAUCUAUAUUACAUGAUGUAUAUUACAUUAUUAGGAAAUGUCAAAAUUACAGAUACACUAGGUUUGAAAUAAACAUCGUAUUAAUAAAGCUGCACAUAAAUCAUGUUAUCCAGAGGAUUCGCCAGGUCGAACAAUAUAGUCAGAAGCCACAUCCAGUUAUGGAGGCCCGUUCGAAGCUACACAAAAGAUGCAAAAGAAGGCACCCAAAACGAAUUGGCGAACAAAAUUGUCACGGACAUGCCACCUAUGGACGAGCCGGUCAAGGGGCUUCCUAAUGCCGUUUACGCCACAUUCAAGGAAUCCAAUCAGAAAACACAGAUCACAGUAUUGCCCAAUGGUCUAACUGUUGCUUCUGAAAACAGAUUUGGAGAGUUCUGCACAGUUGGAGUUGUCAUUGAUUCUGGUUCAAGGUAUGAAGUGGCAUACCCCAGUGGAAUUUCUCAUUUCUUGGAGAAAUUGGCUUUCCAUUCAACCAGCAGGUUUGAGGAUAAGGAUCUGAUGAUGGGCACUUUGGAGAAGCAUGGUGGAAUUUGUGACAGUCAAGCAUCUAGGGACACCUUCAUCUAUGCAGCAUCUGCAUACACACAGGGUUUGGAUGAUGUUAUGCAGAUGCUUGGGGAAGUCAUCCUCAGGCCUAGGAUCACCUCAGAGGAGUUGGAGUAUGCAAGGCAGGCAAUUCACUUUGAGUUGGAAACUUUGGGCAUGAGGCCAGAACAGGAAACCUUAUUAAUGGACAUGAUUCAUGCUGCUGCAUAUAGAGACAAUACUCUGGGAUUGCCAAAGCUGUGCCCUCAGAAUAACAUUAUGAAAAUCGACAGAUCAAUGAUUUUCAACUACUUGAAGCAACACUAUACACCAAAGAGGAUGGUAGUAGCCGGAGUUGGUGUGGAUCACGCUUUAUUGGUGGAUGCGGCUCAGAAGUAUUUCGUUGAUGCCACGCCUGUUUGGGAAAACGAUUCGGAAGUGUACAAGGGAACUUCAGUAGACGAAAGCGUCUCCCAAUAUACAGGUGGAAUGGUUCAAGAAGAAUGCGAGAUUCCACAAUUUGCAUCUGCAGGUCUUCCGGUAUUAUCACACGUCAUGAUCGGCUUAGAAGGAUGCUCACACCAAGACAAAGAUUUUAUACCCAUGUGCGUGUUGAAUAUGAUGAUGGGAGGUGGCGGAUCUUUCAGUGCCGGAGGCCCCGGCAAAGGCAUGUACACAAGGCUCUACACAAACGUACUCAACAGAUAUCAUUGGAUGUACAGUGCCACAGCUUACAAUCACGCAUACUCCGAUACUGGUUUGUUCUGCAUCCACGCCAGUUCACCGCCAAACCAACUCAGAGAGAUGGUCGAAGUUAUUGUCAGGGAAAUGGUCGCCAUGGGAGGAUCCGUAUCUGAACAAGAACUGAGGAGGGCGAAAACACAAUUGCAAUCUAUGCUGCUUAUGAAUUUGGAGUCAAGACCCGUGGUGUUUGAGGAUAUCGGCAGACAAGUCUUGGCUACUGGACAUCGGAAAAGACCGAACUUCUUCAUUGACGAAAUCGAAAAAGUGAACAAGGAUCAGAUCAUGGAGGUGGCGAAGCGACUACUAAGCACACAACCCUGCAUCGCGGCCCGAGGAGAUUUGAGAAGGAUGCCACCGUUGGAUUACGUUCAGGCAGGUUUCCUGAACGGCGAGGGUAAAAUGCCCGGCCGCAAGUUAUCCUUGUUCCGGUAAAAAAAUUAUACUACCUGGAUACUUUUAAAGAACUCUUUCCAUUUCUUUUAUAAAUAACUGUUAUUCGAUAAUACCCCCCUUCCCCCAAACAAUACUUAUAAUAAAGAAGAAACUCAGAACA